GAAAAUCAGUUGUCAAUUUAUUUUCAGUCCAAUUACAUACUAAUUUUUCUUGAUUGUUAAAUUUCUUUAUUGUUUAUUGUAUCGUGUUCAAUGACUGAAAUAACUGAAAGCUAUAGUAGUAAAGAUGAAGACGAGGACAGUAGCGACGGUGAGAAUGCACAAAAAUUACAAUCAACUUCCACUGGGUAUCAAAAUAUUAGAUUAGAACAACAGGUAGUCUCGCUUUCGGCCGAUAGUGAUGACAGCGACGAUCCUGUUCCUAAAGAGAGGCGAUUUAUUGAAAACACUGCCAAACAAACAGAAGGCGCUACAAAUGAGGAAAGUGACAGCGGCGGUCCGGAGGAGGAUGUUGCUGAACCCGUAACUGAUGGCAAUAUGCGCAUUGUUGCUUCGCAUUAUAAUGAAUUAAAGGAAACCGGGCGCAAGGAGCGCCUUCAGUCGCGUAUUGUGUACAUGCGAAACUUUAACAAUUGGUUAAAGAGUCAACUAAUCGCAGAGUAUUUAGCGCGCAUUAAAGCACAACAACGUAUAGGUGAUCCUAUGCGCGUUCUAGAUUUAUGUUGCGGUAAAGGCGGUGAUCUUCUCAAAUGGGAAAAAGCCAAUAUAACUCAUCUUAUUUGUACCGAUAUUGCUGAGGUGUCUGUGGACCAAUGUAAAAAGCGUUAUGAGGAAAUGCAAUCGCGUGCGGAUAAAUCAAAAUUCGCUACCAAAUUUUCUGCUGAAUUCUUUGCCUGUGAUGCCACUUUAGUACGUCUACGUGAGCGCUACAAAGAUAAAUCACUUAAAUUGAAUUUAGUGUCAUGCCAAUUUGCAUUUCACUACUCCUUUGAGUCUCUUACUCAAGCCGAGUGCAUGGUUCGCAAUGCCGCCGAGUGCUUGCAACCGGGUGGAUAUUUUAUAGCGACUAUUCCGGACGCAAAUGAAAUUAUGCGUCGUUUGCGUCAAUCGCCAAAUCCUCGCAGUAUCGGCAAUGAUAUUUAUAAAAUCGAUUUCAUAUGUGACACAGAUCCUCCACCACUUUUUGGUGCUAAAUAUCAAUUUCAUUUAGAGGGUGUCGUCGAUUGCCCAGAAUUUUUAGUGCAUUUUCCAACAUUGGUUAAAUUGUGUCGCAAACAUGGUUUAAAACUUGAGCGGAAAGCAACUUUUGCUGAUUACUACAAAGAGUCUUUGGAUAAGGGCCGCUCGCUGUUGCAACGUAUGAAUGGUUUGGAAACUGUAAUACCAAAUCGACGAGGGAAAGAUCCCGAGUUUCAGCAUUUACAGACAUAUUUCAAAGGAGGUUCUUCAAAAUCCGUAGGAACCCUCUCUCAGUCUGAAUGGGAAGCUACAACUCUUUAUCUUUUGUGUGCAUUCCGUAAGUGCAAGAACACAUGGGACAAUGAAGGCAAACCCGUUUUCGAGUUCGACUAGAUGCGUAUAAUAAUGUCUCAAGGUUCAUUGGGGGAAGCUAUAAUUAUUUCUUUAAGUGUUGUACUUCUAAUCAGCAGCAAUAAAACUUAUUUUACAUGUUUAAAAACUUUAA